CGAUUUGAUUGAAAAGUGUUCUGCAGAGAGGUGGCGUGUUGUUAUUCCCGUUUUCAUUCACUGUAGUGUGGUGGUCAUUAUUCAAGCUUCGCUGUUCAGCUAAUUUUUACACUGUUCCCCAGAAAAAAAACAGUGGUUGUUGGGAUAGAGCAGUGCGUCUGUUUGUGUCUGUGUAUAUGUGUGUGCAUGUGGACAAUCUCUCUACGUCAGGCCAGGUAAUCACGGAUCAUAACAGCGCGGUUAAGGGUUCGGUGUUGUUAGAUCGUUCACGACCCAUUCACAACUCAUUAUCAUUGUUGAUGUUGUCGUCGUGGUCGGCAGCUCAGAAGGUGGCCGCGUGAAAAGGGUGUGGACACGAUAAGAUCCCGGUGGGUAGUGUAGCGCACAUGUGUGAAAUCAGCAAUCAACCUGCAUAAAUUUUGCGUCCGAGUGCCACACAUAACUCAACACCGACCUUUCGGACCAGACCGAUCAACCGGGCCCCAAUAUAGUGUUGUACAGUGUUACAGCUCCGAUCAACCAGUUUUGGAGUGGUGCAUUUUGGAGUUUGAGAGUUUGGAACCAGUUUUACGAAGAUGGCACCGAAUCUAAGCAAGCUGCUGGGGAACCAGAAUGCCGUAAUUGGUGUUGCCGGAUGUACCGCGGCUGCCUGCAUCAUACUGUACGGUAAACAAAUCCACAAGAAUCGCAAACAGCGACCGGAGGAUGAGAUACAAUAUCUAAUCAGCGACAAAAAGGAAAAGCGCAGCCCGAAGGCCCAUGUCAAUGCCGUUUUCUUUAACCAGCUGCGCGCACUAUUAGGCAUCAUCAUACCGAAAGCAUGGAGCGUCGAGAACGGAUUGCUCAUCGUGAUUGCUUUGUCGCUGAUUGCCCGGUCGGUCAGCGAUAUCUGGAUGAUACAGAAUGCGACGGCGAUCGAGAGCACAAUCAUUACGAUGAACAAGAAGCAGUUCCGGACGGCGUUGGUGAAAUACCUUUCUGCCCUACCUGCGAUCGCCGUCGUAAACAAUGUGCUCAAAUGGAGCAUAGGCGAGCUAAAACUACGUUUCCGAACGAACCUGUCGCAAUAUUUAUACAACGAGUACCUGAAAGGAUUCACCUACUACAAAAUGUCAAAUUUGGACAACCGGAUAGCGAAUGCGGACCAACUGCUGACGACGGAUAUUGACAAGUUCUGUGAGAGCGUUACCGAUCUGUACUCGAACAUUUGCAAACCACUGUUAGACAUCGUGAUUUACGUGUACCGGCUCACGACCAACCUCGGCGGCACGACACCCGGCAUCCUGCUGCUGUAUCUAUUCUUCUCCGGCGUGUUCCUUACCAACCUGCGCAAACCAACUGGCCGGCUGACCGUGUUGGAACAGAAGCUGGAGGGCGAGUUCCGGUACGUAAACAGCCGGUUGAUAACCAACUCGGAAGAGAUCGCGUUCUACAAGGGCAACAAUCGAGAGAAAUUGACGAUAUUGGCGAGCUUCAGCAAGCUCGUCGCUCAUAUGCGCAAGUUCCUGGAAUUCCGUGUUGGUAUGGGCAUCGUGGACAAUAUGGUGGCCAAAUAUAUUGCAACAGUGGUUGGAUUCUAUGCCGUUUCCCUUCCGUUCUUUGAGAAGGAUCAUCCCUUGCUCACUGGCAGCCAACAGAGUGAACGGUUGAGCCGCUACUAUACGUUCGGACGCAUGCUGGUAAAGCUGGCGGAAGCUAUAGGACGGUUGGUGUUGGCCGGCAGGGAGAUGUCACGGCUCGCCGGAUUUACCGCACGCAUGACCGAGCUGACGGUAGUACUGAAGGAUCUCAAUUCUGGUCGGUACGAGCGCACGAUGGUGAACAAUUCGGCCAUCGCCGACAUGGGCGAUAUCGGCCCUGGUCGAGGUCUGCUCAAGUUCCAGGACAAUUUGAUCAAGUUCGAGCAUGUACCGCUGGUAACGCCGAAUGGGGACGUGCUAGUCAAGGAUUUAACGUUUGAGGUAAAGUCCGGCAUGAAUGUGCUCGUCUGCGGACCGAACGGAUGCGGUAAGAGCAGUCUGUUCCGUAUACUGGGCGAACUGUGGCCGACGUGGGGUGGUAAGGUAACCAAACCUCCAGCCGGUAAACUGUUCUAUAUUCCCCAGCGACCGUACAUGACACUCGGUUCGUUGCGUGAUCAGAUUAUUUAUCCGCAUACGCACCAAGAGAUGAAACGGCGUGGUAAAACCGAUGCCGAUCUGCUGAAGUAUCUCGAGCUUGUGCAGCUCACCUAUCUGCAGGUGCGUGAAAAGGGACUGGACGCGAUCGAGGACUGGAUCGAUGUGUUGUCCGGCGGUGAGAAGCAGCGUAUCGCAAUGGCGCGACUGUUUUACCACAAUCCACAGUUCGCCAUCCUGGAUGAAUGUACGUCCGCGGUGUCGGUGGAUGUCGAGGGCAGCAUGUACGAGUACUGCCGUAUGGUCGGUAUUACACUUUUUACCGUCUCACAUCGGAAGUCGCUCUGGACGCAUCACGACUUCUUCCUCAAAUUCGAUGGACACGGUGCAUACGAGUUUGCUCCGAUCGAUUGGACGCAGGAAAAGUUUGGGUCUUAAGUUUUACGCGGUGGCGUAUCGGGGAUCUUUGUUUGUGUUUGUUUUUUUUUUCGAUUUCGCCAAUCGACAACCAUACCACCCAUGUAUAGGAUUAGUUGUGAACACGAACUCACACAAACCAUAUUAGACGCACACACGCUCGGUUCUUUUACUGUGGCUAUGUUUUUUUUAUAUUUUCACGAUCGAUUUAUUAUAUCUGUAUCGUUUUAGUACUAAUGCAUGCCCAUCAACACACGCUUAAAUGAAAUAUUUUUGCUAGCGCAUGAGUGUGCAUGGUCGUGGGCUUGUGGAUGAGGCGAAUGUGAUGUUACACUACUUCCCCCUCCCUUUGAUACCAUCUUAGGACGUAACGCUAUUCCCCAAGCGAAGUUUGAGCAGUCGGGUUCUGUUUCCUUAUGUAUGUCAGAUAGAUUACCGAUUUUAUUACAGUACGAAACGAAAUUUUACACUCCUACUACCCUUUUCAUUGUAAUGAUUCUUGUUAGCCGUUAUUGUUUGGUAGUUGUACCACGGAUAGGUGUUUGUGUACGGAUCAAGUACGGGUGCAGGAAACCUUUGUUUUAUAAGUAAAAAAUAUAGUGUACACAUGCUAAUUUGGUACGUAUGGACGAAGUAAUAGUUGGUGCAAAGGUGUCGUAAAUGUCUAUUGUUUUACAUUUGUUUUGUUUUUGGUAAAAAAUAGUUUGCCCAAGUUUAUCGAUGAUCAUUCCAAACGGUCGUUAUUUUAUGCACAUUAAUCGUGUCAAGUAGAUGCUAUAGAAAUUACACAGCUUUUACUUUUCGGUUCGUUCAUUUAAAUGUUCUUAUUACAGACGGAAGAAUAAUGAAAUAUAAAAUAUUCAAAUUAGCACUAACAA